AUGCAAAAAGGUCCCAAAAAUACGAAGAUUUCGCGCAGGGACGCCAGAGGCAGCAGCAGCUCGCGCAGCAGCAGCAGCAGCAAGUGCCAAGUGCGCAGCAGCAGCAGCAAGCAAGCGCAGCAGCCGCAGCAGCAAAUGCGAAAUACGCAGCAGCAGCAAAUGCGAAAUAAGCAGCAGCAGCAGCAGCAAAUGCGAAAUACGCAGCAGCAGCAGCGAGUGCAAAAUACGCAGCAGCAGCAGCAGCAAAUGCGAAAUGCGCACCAGCAGCAGCAAAUGCAAAAUAACCAGCAGCAGCAGCAACGAGUGCACAAUACGCAGCAGCAGCAGCAAAUGCGAAAUCAGCAGCAGCAGCAGCAAAUGCAAAAUAACCAGCAGCAGCAGCGAGUGCAAAGUACGCAGCAGCAGCAAGUGCAGAAUAACCAGCAGCAGCAGCAAAUGCAAAAUGCGCAGCAGCAACGAGUGCAAAAUACGCAGCAGCAGCAGCAGCAAAUGCCAAAUACGCAGCAGCAGCAGCAGAGAGUGCAAAAUGACCAGCAGCAGCAGCAAAAUGAGAAAUACGCAGCAGCAGCAGCAGCAAGUGCAAAAUAA